GAUGUUCUGGAACUCCUGUUCUGGGCCAAGAGAGAAGGGAAUUGGGAGCUUCACCUGGAGUGCAUAAAAGCUGUGAUUCCGUGGCUUUUUGCAUAUGACCACACCAAUUACGCACGGUAUUUACCAGUGUACCUAGUUCACAUGUUAGAACUUCCAGAUACGCACCCAGACACUUACAGCAUGCUGUCUCAAGGUGACUUUGGUGUACAACGCACAACCUCCCAUGGCUUCUCGCAGCUUCCAGUUGAUCAAACCAUCGAAUUAACCUUAAACCGCAACACGAAAACUAAGGGUGGCGUAAUAGGGUUUAGCCUUAAGAAGGGUACUGUGCAGCGGUGGAUGUUAACUGCGCAUGCAAGAGCUAGCUUUGUCAAUCGAUGCAGAGAGAUGGCUUCUUCGCAUCCUCAGGACGAGAUAAAGGGUCACAAAGAGUCGGGCUCGGUUCGCAAGAGAAGGGAUGAAGAAGACGUGCAGAAGGUCAUGGAAAUGAUCAGUCAAUGGAGGAAUCCAUUUGAGACGGCAGACGACCUCGUAAGUCUG